GUGUUUCUUCUCCCUUUCUCUUAACUUUGCCACUGAAAACGCACAAGGUCUGCUCCCCCAUCUGCUGGACAUACUGCGUAUUACAUUAAAAUCUCCUUUCAACAGCAGUGUGACAUCGUAAAGCAGCGGAAGAAUUAAAAUUGGGCCAGUACUUUGUAUGAAAUUUGUAUGAAAGGUAAUCUAUUUGAAUUGUUAUUGUAAAUGUCCAUCGCAUAUAUAUUGGUGGCAACAUUCAUUUGCUUUACUAUUGUUUUAUUUUAUUGUUUAUUUUAUGUUAAAAAACUAAAAUCAUUACAGGCUUUAUAAAUUAAAUGCAAAUAUAAGCUCUUGAGCUAAAGAUAAUUUCAAGUGGAUACAGCAAACACAAAGAUUGAAACUAAGAGGACCAGAAUUACGUCCAGAAACUAACGGCUGCAUGUUUUCAAAAUAAAACGAUGUCUUUCUUUUGUCUAAAGUCGCCAAAUGAGACAUUUCUGCAAACCACCGUGCAAACCAAUAAUAUACAAAUUUUUUUCUAAAAAUUGCUGAAAAUCAACUGACAUUUGCUUUUUGCAAAAAUUGUGUGCACAUAUCGGCCGAAGUUUAUGACCAAUGUGGCCGUAAAUGUGCUAUAGAAAAACGAGUUUUACACUCUUAAUUAUACAAACAGCCCAUGUUCAUUAUUAAAUAGAACAAUCAAAUUUUAAAAAAGCAUUCCACAAACGGACUUGAUGCUUUAAUUUAUAAACUAAUGGCCGGAUGUGGCUCUAAUAGGUUCUGGUACACUUGACAUUAAAAGUCGUCUCUCAGGUUCUUGAGCGGAUCGCUGAGGGGAAGUAACAUCAGCAGGACCAUCGAGCAUCACGCAGUCAUAAUGCAUGGGGGCAAGAGAGGACUGGUCGCUCCGCAGAACACCUUUCUGGAAAAUAUAGUCCGGCGCUCCAGCGAAACCAGCUUCCUGCUGGGAAAUGCACAGAUCGUGGAGUGGCCAGUUGUGUACAGCAACGAUGGCUUCUGCAAGCUGUCCGGUUACCACAGAGCCGAGGUCAUGCACAAAAGCAGCACGUGCAAUUUCAUGUAUGGUGACCUGACCGAUAAACAGACCAUCGAUAACAUCAGACAAACCUUUGACAGCUAUGAGUCUAAUUUCUACGAGGUGCUGCUUUAUACUAAGGACAGAACUCCCAUAUGGCUGUACAUGCAGGUGGCUCCCAUCAGAAAUGAGAAUGACAAAGUGGUGCUUUUCCUCUGUACCUUCAGAGACAUCACACUUUUCAAGCAGCCUAUUGAGGACGAGUCAACAAAAGGAUGGACAAAGUUCGCCAGGCUCACGCGAGCGCUCACCAACAACCGCAACCUGGUGCAGCAGUUGGCCCCACUGAGCCAGACGGAGGUCAGCCACAAGCCGUCACGGCUGGCCGAGGCCCUCCAGCUGGGCUCAGACAUUCUCCCCCAGUACAAGCAAGAGGCCCCGAAGACGCCGCCGCACAUCAUCCUCCACUACUGCACCUUCAAGACCACGUGGGACUGGGUCAUCCUCAUCCUCACCUUCUACACGGCCAUCAUGGUGCCCUACAACGUGUCCUUCAGGACCAAGCAGAACAACCUGGCCUGGCUGGUGCUGGACAGCGUCGUGGACGUCAUCUUCCUCGUCGACAUCGUGCUCAACUUCCACACGACGUUCGUGGGCCCCGCGGGGGAGGUGAUUUCGGACGCCAAGCUGAUACGGAUGAACUACCUGAAGACGUGGUUCGUCAUCGACCUGCUGUCCUGUCUGCCCUACGACAUUAUCAAUGCCUUUGAAAAUGUGGAUGAGGACGUCAUCACUUCCUCCUCUCCAACUAGUCAUCUCAGAGAAUCGUUCCACAGAAAUACCACACGGACUGAAGACUCGCUACUUCCAGGCCUCAGCAGCCUCUUCAGCUCCCUGAAGGUGAUCCGCCUGCUCCGCUUGGGCCGCGUGGCCCGGAAGCUGGACCACUACCUGGAGUACGGCGCCGCCGUGCUGGUGCUGCUGGUGUGCGUGUUCGGCCUGGUGGCCCACUGGCUCGCCUGCAUCUGGUACAGCAUCGGCGACUACGAAGUCAUCGACGAAGCCACCAACACCAUCAAGACGGACAGCUGGCUGUACCAGCUGGCCCUCAGCAUAGGGACCCCCUACCGCUACAACGCCAGCGGCACCGGCCAGUGGGAAGGUGGGCCCAACAAAGACACGCUCUACAUUUCUUCCCUCUACUUCACAAUGACGAGUCUCACCACCAUCGGAUUUGGCAACAUCGCUCCCACCACAGAUGGCGAGAAGAUUUUCUCCGUAGCUAUGAUGAUGGUGGGCUCGCUGCUGUAUGCGACCAUCUUUGGAAACGUCACCACCAUCUUCCAGCAGAUGUACACCAACACCAACCGCUACCACGAGAUGCUCAACAACGUGCGCGACUUCCUCAAACUCUAUCAGGUCCCCAAAGGUCUGAGCGAGAGGGUCAUGGACUUCAUCGUGUCCACCUGGGCCAUGUCUAAAGGCAUCGACACAGAUAAGGUCCUCGCCAUCUGCCCCAAAGACAUGCGCGCCGACAUCUGCGUGCACCUCAACCGGCAGGUGUUCAACGACCACCCGGCGUUCCGCCUGGCCAGCGACGGGUGCCUGCGCUCGCUGGCCGUGGAGUUCCAGACCACGCACUGCGCCCCCGGCGACCUCAUCUUCCACGUCGGCGAGAGCCUGGACACGCUGUGCUUCGUGGUCUCCGGGUCGCUGGAGGUCAUCCAGGACGACGAGGUCAUCGCCAUACUGGGUAAAGGCGACGUGUUCGGGGACGUGUUCUGGAAGGAGACCACGCCGGCGCGCGCCUGCGCCAACGUGCGCGCGCUGACCUACUGCGACCUGCACGUCAUCCGCAGGGAGGCGCUGAUGAAGGUGCUGGAGUUCUACACCGCCUUCGCCAACUCCUUCUCCCGCAACCUCAUCCUCACCUGCAACCUGCGAAAACGGGUUAUCUUCAGGAAGAUUGCCGACGUGAAGAGGGAGCAGGAGCGCCAGAAGAGCGAGGUGACGCUGUCCAUCCCCGAAGACCACCCGGUCCGCAAGCUGUUCCAGAGGUUCAGGCAGCAGCGAGACGGCCCGGCGCCGGCGGAGCCCCAGCCUCACUGCGGUCACAACUGUGUGCAGGUGGAGCCUCAGCAGCAGCAGCAGCAGCAGGUCAGCCCCUUCCCUCAGAGUCGGCCUGUGUCCCCUCAGCAGCAGGACUACGCCUCUGCUGUGAGGAAAUACGCCCCCCACCCCGGGGGCGCCGGGAGAGGAGGCACCGCGGCAGCUCCUGCCCAGGCGUCCUCUCACGCUGAGCUGUCGGGGAAGAGCUGCCCGCAGGAGGCCGGGGAGCCUGUGCCGAGGCCUUGUCAGAAGGUCAGCAGCGCCGCUCCGGCCGCCGGUGCAGGCGCAGAGGCGGCCGGAGGCGGCGCCGCCGGCGGCAGAGGCGCCCGCGGCUGGGCCAAGUUCAGGAACGCCGCCACCGCGGCCCCGGCGCCUCCCGCCGCGGAGCAGGAGAAGCCGGGCCAGCGGGCGGAGAAGUGGCCCGAGGCCCCGCAGUCGUCCGAACACUUCGGCUGCGAGGAAGGCGGGGAGGUGGGCGGGAACGGGGCGGGGGAGGAGACCGGCGCCCUGCACAAGACGGACUCGUGCGACAGCGGCAUCACCAAGAGCGACCUGCGCAUCGACAGGGCCGGGGACUCCAGGAGCUCCUUCGAGCGGAGCCCGUUGGAGAAGAGCCCGAUGGAGAGGAACCCCUUCGAGCACGGCCUCGGCGCCGACAGCGAGGCCUCGCUCAGACACGCCUUCGCGCCGCCGGCGUCCGAGCCGGCGCUGCUCCAGGCCACGCUGCACGAGGCCAAGGUGGAGCUGAAGGGGGACAUCCAGAUCCUGAGCGGCCGCCUGUCGGCGCUCGAGUCCCAGGUGAGCGAGGUCCUCCGGCUGCUGUCAGUCAAAAGGAGACUCUCGCUGCCGCCAUCGACUUCUCCCAAGUCGAGAGUCAAGGACGGCGUGGCCGGGUCCAGACCGGCGUCACCAAAGACGGACGAUGGGCCUUUUUGAAUGAGC